UCUUUCAUUUUUUAUUUCUUCUUCUUCUUCUUCUUCUUCUUUUAAAUUCAGGUGUGCUAACUCUUAUACGCCAGGUAGCUGACCUUAUGCAGCUGUUUGCCUUUUUAUCGUAGACAGCUAUAUUUUUUUAUUUUGUUUACAAAUUACCCGCUAAAAUAAUUUUAUUUCAGGUCAAACCAAGGUUUCUCCUUUUAAUGUUUGAUGUCCCAGUUAGGGUGGCUGGAGGGCUGUUGUUUGAACUUUUGGGACAAUCAGUUGGUGAUCCCUUUGUGGAUGAGGAUGAUGUUCCUGUUGUAAUCAGGUCCUGGCAAGCACAAAACUUCCUCAUAACUGCAAUGCACAUAAAAGGGCAUGUCUCAAGCAUAAAUGUGUUGGGUAUUACAGAAGUUCAGGAGCUUCUUGCUGCUGGAGGUUAUAAUACACCAAGAACAAUGCAUGAAGUCAUAGCACAUCUAGCUUGCCGUCUAACUCGGUGGGAUGAUAGGUUGUUUCGUAAGUCCAUAUUCGGUGCAGCAGAUGAGAUUGAAUUGAAGUUUAUGAACAGGAGAAACCAGGAAGAUAUGCAUCUUUUCGGUAUUAUUUUGAACCAAGAAAUUCGAAGAUUAUCAAGGCAGGUUAUCAGAGUAAAAUGGUCACUCCAUGCGAGGGAGGAGAUUGUUUUUGAGCUUCUGCAACAUUUGAGGGGGAAUGUGACAAGAAACUUGCUGGAGGAAAUAAGAAAGAGCACAAGGGAAAUGAUAGAGGAGCAAGAAGCAGUUCGUGGCCGCUUGUUUACAAUCCAAGAUGUUAUGCAGAGCACUAUUCGUGCAUGGUUACAGGACAGAAGCCUUCGAGUAACUCAUAAUCUGACUGUUUUUGGGGGUUGUGGCCUUGUUCUGUCUAUCAUAACUGGACUGUUUGGAAUCAACGUUGAUGGGAUUCCUGGAGCAGAUAAUACGCCAUACGCAUUUGGCCUAUUUGCAGCCAUCCUCUUCUUCAUAGGAAUAGUGCGGAUCGGUGUCGGGCUGCUCUAUCUCGGUUUUAAACGGCCCAUCACUGAAGAACAGGUUGAAGUGAGGAAGUUGGAAUUGCAGGAGCUGGUUAAAAUGUUUCAGCACGAGGCAGAGACUCAUGCCCAGGUUCAUAAAAACAUUUCUCGAAGUAAUUUGCCUCCAACCACUGGAGACACAUUCGCUGAUGCUGAUUAUGUUCUCAUCCAGUGAAGGCAAUAUGAUUAUGAAAGUAGACUUUUCUUUUAUCCCAAAAUUGUAGUUCAACUAUGUUUGUUUAUAACUGAACGAGGAAAAGUUUCACCACAACAUUAUCAGUUUUUC